AUGGCGAUUGGUUCAUCAUAUUGGUUGAACGUGAUUUUACUCGUGAUUUACUUAAAGUAUUCGACAGCAUGUCAAAAGAUACGUCCCUAUUUCUCAAAGGAUGUAUUCCUUAUUUUGCCAGAAUUCUUCCAAUUUACUGUUCCAUCUGCUGGAAUGGUUUGUUUGAGAUGGUGGGCAGUUGAGCUGAUUACAUUGCUCAGUGGUUUGCUGCCAAAUCCACAUGCUAGAGACUUCUCCUUACAACCUCUCAAAUACAUUUCCAUUUUCCGUUUUCUCUCGGUGCUGCUGCAAGGAGCUGGAAAUCCAAAAGCAGCUAGACUUUCGAUCUUUGCAGUCUUCGUUCUAGCAACUGCAGAAUUCCUGCUAGCAAGUGCAAUUCUUUUUAGCUGCCGUAGUGUAUGGGGAUAUGCUUUCACAAAUGAAAAAGAAGUCAUCACUCUUAUCACGGAACUGACUCCUCUUCUCUGCCUUUCCAUCGUCAUGGAUAGCAUACAAACAGUAUUAUCAGGUUAUUAA